GCCAGAGCCUCUCGGGCGGGUGUGACGCGGAGCCUCCCCGCAGGACGCUCCGAGCCCGCGGGGUUCCCCGCCCCGCAGCUCUCGCCCUCGAGUCCGAGGCCCCGCACCCCGAGCGCAGGGCAGGGCGGGGCAGGGCGGGGCGCGAGGGGCGGAGCCGCGCGGGGAAUCCCGCCCGCGAGCCAGCGAGGAGCGAGCGCGGACGCACAGAACGCGGCGGUCCCGGGCCGGCGCGGACACCGAACGGGGUCCUCUCCUUCUCCGCAUCCUCUGCCCGCGUCCGCAUCCGCGCCAUGCAGCCGCCGCCCGCCCCGAGCGCGUAGCCCGCCGCAGGCCAUGCUGCCCCUGCUCGCCGCGCUCCUGGCCGCCGCCUGCCCGCUGCCCCUGGGCCUGCUCGGGGCGGCCCCCAACGCCUCGGCCGACGCCACCGCCGCGCCUCGCAUGCCGGCCUCGGAGCCACCCGAGCGCGCGGGGCCCAGGGCCGAGGACGACGCGGCGGCGCCCUCCUGCAACAUCAGCGUGCAGCGGCCCAUGCUGAGCUCGCUGCUCGUGCGCUGGGGCCGCCCGCGCGGCUGGCAGUGCGACCUGCUGCUCUUCUCCACCAACGCGCACGGCCGGGCGCUCUUCGCCGCCGCCUUCCACCGCGUGGGGUCGCCACUGCUCAUCGAGCACCUGGGGCUGGCGGCGGGCGGCGCGCAGCAGGACCUGCGCCUGUGCGUGGGCUGCGGCUGGGUGCGCGGCCGCCGAUCCCGGGCCCCCGCGCCCGCGCCGCCCCCCGGGGCGACCCCUGCCGCGCCGUCGUCCGCGCUGCCCGCCUACCCCGCGGCCGACACGCCCGCGCCGCUCUGGCUGCAGGCCGAACCGCGCCACUUCUGCUGCCUGGACUUCAGCCUGGAGGAGCUGCAGGGCGAGCCGGGCUGGCGGCUCAACCGCAAGCCCAUCGAGUCCACGCUGGUGGCCUGCUUCAUGACCCUGGUCAUCGUCGUGUGGAGCGUGGCCGCCCUCAUCUGGCCGGUGCCCAUCAUCGCCGGCUUCCUGCCCAACGGCAUGGAGCAGCGCCGGACCGCCGCGGGCGCGACCCCCGCUGCCCCUACCGCCCCCGUGCCCGCGGGGACCACGGCCACGGCCGCCGCCGCCGCCGCCGCUGCUGCCGCCGCUGCCGCCGCCGUCACCUCGGGGGCCGCCAAGUGACCGCCGCGCGCCCCGCGCCGCCCGGCUGCGCCCCGGACGCCGACCCCGCAGGUGUGCUUCGUGCUGUGGUCCUGUGCGUCCUGUCCCUGGGGAGGGGGCACCCGCGUGGACUGGCGCGUCCGCGAAGCCUGAUGUGUGCGCCCACGCAGUCCACGGACUGCAGGGUGGGACCCGGGGCUCGGGUGACAGCAGAAAAUGGGGCCCCUUUCCCUCGAUCGCAUUCCUCCCGCCCGCCGCCCUCCCCAGCCGCGUGCCCUUGACUCAUGGCAGAAAACGACCAGACCCUGUGUAUUUGUUUUAUAUAUCGAAUAACUGUUUUAAAUGAACGUUUUAGUAAAAAAAGAAAAUCACAAAACAAAAAUAUUAAAUGCCUAUCGCUGUCGUUAAGAGAAGCGCUUUGUAUCUGGACAUCGUUGUAUCUGAGGUUUGCUGUUUUUAAAUUUAAGAAUUGGGGCAUGGGAAGGAUUCACACCAGUGCAUUGUUACCGCUGACAAUGAACUUUAUGAGCCUUUUCAAGUCACGUGGCCUGGUGGGCAUUUCUUCUUGUAUUUCUGUGAUCUUUUUGGCUUUUAAUACAGAUGUUUUCCUCCAGA